AUGGUUGCUAAAGGUUUUCAUCAACGCCAAGGGAUUGAUUAUGCUGAGACCUUCAGUCCCGUGAUCAAGUCAACAACGAUCCGUUUGGUUUUGGAUAUUGCGGUUGCACAUUCUUGGAAAAUCAAGCAACUAGACGUUAAUAAUGCCUUCUUACAAGGUGAACUCAAGGAGGAGGUUUAUAUGGCCCAAACAGAAGGUUUUGUGGAUCCUGACAAGCCGGAUUACGUAUGUCGUCUCCGUAAGCCAAUCUAUGGUCUAAAGCAAGCUCCGCGUGCCUGUUACUUGUCUCUCAAGAAUCAUCUUCUUCACACAUGUUUUACUAAUUCCCAUGCCGAUACGUCGUUGUUUGUUAAGAAAUGUGGGUCUUCGUUUGUGUAUGUGCUUGUGUAUGUUGAUGAUAUUCUCGUCACCGGUAGUUACUUUGUCCUUGUUGUUCAAACGCUUGCUUCCUUUGCUGAUCGGUUCUCUAUCAAAGACCCUACUGAUCUCACAUAUUUUCUGGGCAUUGAAGCUACACGAACCAAAGCAGGACUUCAUUUGAAGCAACGCAAGUAUAUUGUUGACUUUUUAGCGAAGAACAACAAGCACAAUGCAAAACCGGUCGCAACGCAAAUCGCUACUUCUCCCAAACUUACUAAACAUGGCGGUACGAUCCUCGGUGAUCCCACUCAAUAUCGGUCUGUUGUAGGCAGUCUUCAGUAUCUCUCCUUUACUCGACCUGAUAUCUCCUACGCCGUCAAUCGUCUCUCCCAGUUUAUGCAUGCGCCGACCACUGAUCACUGGCAAGCCGCUAAACGGGUACUUCGUUAUCUCGUAGGAACGCAAACUCAUGGUAUUUUUCUUCGUGCACCAUCCCCUAUGGCUCUCAAUGCUUUUUCUGAUGCUGAUUGGGCUGGUGAUGUCGAUGAUUAUGUCUCUACUAAUGCUUAUGUGAUCUAUCUUGGUCAUAAUCCUAUCUCCUGGAGCUCUAAGAAGCAACGCGGUGUUACUCGCUCAUCAACAGAGGCGGAAUACCGGGCUGUUGCCAACACCGCUUCUGAGCUUCGGUGGCUAUGCUCACUCCUCACCGAACUUGGUGUUACACUUCGCUCCCCUCCGGUCAUAUACUGCGACAACAUUGGCGUAACUUACCUUUGUGCUAAUCCUCUCUUUCACUCUAGGAGUGAAAGACAUUGCACUUGA